UAUAAAGUUAAAACCGAACCGUUCACACAUGUAUAAGGUAAUAUACCAUAGCAUGCUGUUUGUUGUUGCUAAGUGCGAUUGUUUAUUCGACAAAGUUCGUACGAAAAUGACGUUGCAAGAGAAAAUUGAUGUUUGUAUUUCAAUUUACAAUCUACUUUGUGAUUCGGUAUUUGAACUCAACGACCUGUACAGCAGUGCGAUUCGGGACCUGAGACGUAGGCGAAGAAUGUACAUUGAAAACAUCCGGGACAUCAAAAAGCGCCAGUUUUUGCUUCUAGAAGCCGCGGAAAAUGUUACCGUCGACAGAAUAUGGACGCUUAAACGAACUCAGUACUUUUGGGAAAAAGACUGCCAAGUAAACGGAGAUGAGUUUUUUAAGCAGAAUUUCCGAAUGUAUCGCAGCACAUUUAACUGCCUUUGCAACAUGCUUCCGCGGUUGCAAAAAAUGGACACUAUGCUUCGCAAGGCUAUUCCAUUAGAAAAAAGAGUAGCGGUUGCUUUAUAUACCUUAGGUUCCUCAUCAGAGUUCCGCAGUAUUGCGAACUUGUUCGGUAUAGGAAAGUCAACAGUAUGUGUGAUACUAUUGGAGUUUUGCCGAGAGAUCUGGGAAAUUCUUGCACCGCUUUAUUUAAGCAAGCUUCCUUUGGAAAGAGACACGAUCGAGGAUUGCGUUGCUGGCUUCCUGAAUCUUGGAUUUCCACAAUGUCUUGGUGCGAUAGAUGGCUGUCAUAUCGAAAUCCAUCCCAGAGCUACGGAAGCUGUUGAUUACUACAAUUACAAGGGAUGGUACUCAACUGUUUUGAUGGCUUUGGUGGAUUACAGAUACCGUUUUUUAUACAUAAAUGUCGGUAGUCCAGGGCGAUGCAAUGAUUCGCAGGUAUACGAAUCAUCGCUUUUAAAGAAGCACCUUACUGAAAACCCCCUAAUGGAUGAACUAUCAAAAAACAUAUGUGGUGUUAAUGUGCCGGUGUUGAUAAUCGGAGACUCUGCAUUUAGAUUUUCUAAAAAUCUUAUGAAGCCUUACCCUUUCAACGUCGCUGGAGAUGAGUUACAAAAAACUUACAAUUUUGUGCAAGCAAGUACUCGGCGAGUUGUAGAAAAUGCUUUUGGACAUAUCAAAGCACGGUUUCGUCGAAUUGGAAAAGGAAUCGACAACACUAUUGAAAACUCGUCGUUGAUCAUUAAAGCGUGCUGUGUACUUCAUAACUUCCUCAAUGUAAACGACGAUCAUCUUAAUUCAAAGUGGAUUAUAGAACAGCUAAGAAGUGAAAAGGGUCGUAUAUAUCCUGAACAGCCAGCUAUAAUUCAUGAUUAUGAUGAAAACGCGGAGAAUAUAAGACAUGCCAUUGCUACCUUCUUCAGUCUCAACGGCAUUUCAGAAUCCAGCGACGGUCCUGCGUAGGAUAGAUCGGAAUCAACGGCUUCUUCUACAUAUUCUGCAAUUAUCUCAGCAUCUGAACAACAAAUAAAAUGAAUAUUUUUAUUAGUCACAAAAAAUCUUUGUCAUA